AUGCAGAACGAGUCGACCUUUUCCAUCUUUACCACGCUGCCCGUUGUUAUGGACCCAAACCCCUGUGGCGUGAAGCACCCUGCCCAACUGGAUAAGUCAGUCGGUGCCUUGGUGACCACUCGCUUCCGCAAAGACUGCCGGACGGCGGACCAUGCCUGCCAGCAAGGACCGCCCUUGCCGCAGCCUGUGGUCGCACAUCGUCCGCGCGCGAAAGUCAACCCAAAUCUGUACCAUUAA